UUUUCCCAGCAAGCGUAACCUUGAGUGUAGUCGUGUAGUGUGCAAUGUCUGGCAAUGUGUGCAUGCAUGUGCAUUUCGCCACUUGCUCGCAUAAUGCUCACGUUGUGUCGUUGUAUUCGCAGCAGUUUAAUAAAUUAUUAAUGCUUAUAAGGUACGUAUAAAACUCUUGAUUUUUUGACCUUCUGAUUCUUCCGAAACUGAGAAAAGUGUUGAGGCUGCCGGGCCAAGUGAUAGCCUCGAGCCAUCUGUGAGUGUUAUGCAAUUUAUACAUUAUCGCAACAAUCGGCUAUUUUAUUGUUGUUUUUGGACCACAAGUACCUAUCUAAGAAAAUAGUGACAAUCGGCAAGACAAUUGUACCUGUACAUGCAUUGGUUUGUAUUAUAUAUACCAAUACUUAUGUACCUGGUGUAUAUCCUGUAAAUACAGAGAAUUUUCCAAAAAAGAGUUAAGGAACGUAAUUUUAUGUGGCCCUAAAAUCUUGGCUUUUUUCAAGAACAUGACAAUUCUUAUAUCCUUGUAUGUAUUGUAUUUGCCCAUGACUGAUUGUGUGUGACUACGAAUCGUCAAAUUAAUUACUGCCAAUAAGAGAAGAUAAGGGUCUCAAGUAUAUUUGGCAAGCAAAGCUUUUUUGCACAGUGAACACACAACACGCGCAGCUGCAGUAACCGGUGUGAUAACUCUCCGGACGAUACGAGCAACUUACAUGUAUACAUUGCAACCACGUGCAAUCCUGCCUAUAUAGACGAGAGAGAAAAAAAUAAAAAGGAACUCUUGUUACGUCAAAAGCUUUGUUUACGAGUAGUAUAUACUUAAUUGAGAAGCAUCAAAGCUCUCUCUCUCUCGAAGCUAGCACGCUGACGCCACAUCCGUGUGUUGUGAGUACAUAUAUACACCGGAUCGAUAAGAUAACUCACCGGAGGCUCAUUUCUUUUUCUCCCUUCGUUAUACAUGUAUGAGAGUUGAACUUGCGGAAGGAUGCGUGAAUUUUCUCUCAUUCAUAUAUCUGUUUCAUCAGUGGCACGCAUCAUGCUGCUCUUUAAGAUUCAAGAGUAAUGAAGAAAUCCACCCACAGAACUCUCAGAAGAUAAUUUGGACAAAGUAACGGUUGAGGAUAAAAAGAACGACGUUUAUUGGAUCUUUUUUAAAUUUUUUUAUGAAGCAAUGCCGAUUUUUUGGUGAAAGUACCAAUACCUUGGAACACGGAUAUAGAUUGUGAUGAUGGAAAAAGCCAAUCAAACAACGGCAACCAACUAAAAAAACAGCCAAAUUAGCUUCAAUUUAGCUGCUCCGCACAAUAGUAGAUACACGCAUCAAAUACAUACCUACAACAGUUAUCGUGAGACGCGAUGAAACAAUCAAUCAACAGCUGUAACUACACGAGAUGAUUAACAAUUAAUAGUUGUUUCCUUCUUCGAAGUAAAUGAAAAAAAAAAAAAAAAAAAAAAACUACCUGCAAACACUCGAAAGUACAGGAAAACAAAGAGAACUCUUAUCUGUUAGAUUCACGUACAUGACCCAUGAGCUAACACAUCGAGAAGGCCCGCGAAUUCAACAAACGCAGCACCUACAAUUAGAAAGUCAUGCCGAGCAGUCGCAGAGGCCCACAAUACACCAACAACAGCAUCAAUAGCGCCGAUCCGAUCGCGCGCCUACGAAACUCGGCUCGUGGUGGGGUUGCCAAGAGAUAAGGGGGACUUCCGAGAGGUUCCCGUGUGCUUAGGUAUAUCGUCGCCGUCGUUUCGUACAACGGUGUCCAUUCACAACAACGAGCUUCUCUUCCUCUUCAGCUACCUAAGGACCUACACCUCCUUUUUUCCACUAAGAAAAGAAGCCAAAACGCGUAAGAUGAUCCGGGAGUACUCGCACGUCACCCAGGCUCUGCUUGGGACCCUCUUCACCUGGGGACUGACGGCACUGGGUGCUGCCGUUGUCGUUGUCAUCCAGGGCAAACAGAGGAAGCUACUGGACGCAAGCCUGGGUUUCGCCGCGGGUGUGAUGGUAGCGGCGAGCUACUGGUCCCUGCUCAAGCCGGCAAUCGAGAUGGCCGAGAAGGACAGUACCUACGGGAGCAACGGGGAGUACGCGUUCGCACCCGUGGCCAUGGGCUUCCUGCUGGGCGCGCUCUUCGUUUACGGGACAGACGCCCUCAUCACGAGCCUGGGCAUACAAUCCCCGAAUGUGCUCUUAGCCAUGCAGUCUGUCGGUACGAACAACAAACAACAACAACAACAAAGACUAUCGAGGCGCGCCGGCAAGCUAAAGAGUGACAAAGAGGACUUUGACGACGAUAGCAGUCAGUUUUGUGACUCGCGUACUUAUGCAGCCGGGCUCGCCAAAUCGGCUUGCUCGCGCUUCGAGUCAACCACUAUCGAUGGAUUUUACGAGCAAAACGCGAGGCGCCGACAGCAGUCGAGCGUCCAGAGAACCAGCGAGGUCGGAGAUCCAGGAACAAUCUACGAGGAUCCCAACAUCGAGGCCAAGAACGACCAGUGGAAAAGGAUACUCCUGCUGGUCAUUGCCAUCACCGUGCACAACAUUCCCGAAGGUCUAGCCGUGGGUGUUGGUUUUGGCGCUAUUGGGAGUCCAGGAGCAACUUUCGAAGGUGCAAGAAACCUGGCGCUGGGCAUCGGCAUUCAAAAUUUCCCGGAGGGCCUGGCGGUGUCGCUGCCCCUGCAGGCUGCCGGUUUCAGCACCUGGAAGAGCUUCUGGUACGGCCAACUCUCGGGCAUGGUCGAACCCCUCGCCGGUGUGCUGGGAGCCGCCUGUGUCGCCGUCGCUUCGCCCGUCCUGCCUUACGCGCUAGCUUUUGCCGCCGGUGCGAUGAUCUACGUCGUCGUCGACGACAUCAUACCCGAGGCUCACCAGGGCGGCAACGGGAAACUGGCCAGCUGGGGCGCAGUGGUUGGUUUCUUGGUGAUGAUGUCGCUCGACGUCGGACUGGGCUAGCCCGAGGCCUACUCCUCUUCUUUUUUAUUCCUCGUGCGACGGGGCCCCCCACUUGUGGCCGACGCUGCGAGCUUUUUUCAGUACACACCGCUGGGGACUCUUCGGGGACAAUGUGUACCUUCGGUGGUUGGCGUUGUAGUGGCCCCCCGAGGUAAACCACCAUUAACUACCGCACCCCGGUCCGUUUGGACGAAUGUGCUGCUGCAACGUAGUGUAAUUUGUUUUUUUUUUUUCCUUCCUCUUUGCUAUAGUGCAACAAUUUACUUUGUUAAAAUAAGUCUUGUCUCGUACCCCACGUACGGGUUACUUUUAGCCAGUUUCUCCGGGUGAGCUAUAGUGCGAUUUUAUUAUUGUCUUUUACGAGUAUUUUCGUUGGCAUUUAUUUUUAUUGUAGACAAGUACAUGGCCGUGAUUUUUUACGGGCUCGUCUCUAUAGCGUUAAAUUGUUGAUUUUCAGCGCUUUACAAAUGAAUUUGAAAAUACACGGCUCGGGAUUCGUUUCUCUCGAUCCAUUCCAUGGAAAAGUAAACAUACCACUAGAGUCAAAAUUUUUAAUGUUUAUUGAAAAAGUGCAUUUUUUUUUAUCACUGUAAAUUAGUUUCAUUUCGGUGAAAAUUUGAAUUUUACUGUUUUUAGAUAGUAAACACUUAUUACUAUUACAUACAUAUAUAUAUAUAGUCAAUUUUGUUGUUUUCACUGGUUUUGCAGUGAUUCGUUUAAAAAGUAAGAAAAACACAGUAAUCGUCGUGUUCCUAUUCGCACUACACUUAUCAAUAGCUGCUAAUAAAGUAGCGUGAUUUUUUUGUACUCGAGGGUAGUAAAAUUUUUUAACUUUGUACAUGAAAAGACCUCAACGGUCUCGAAACAAUGAACUUGAUAAUAUUUUUCCAAUUGAAUACUGUAAUCAUCACGAACUUAUAUAUACCUAUAUACAUAUAUAUUUUGAUACGCAAGAAAGUACGUAAAAGUACGCAAAACCAAGAGGCAAUGUAGAAGUAAGUCUGUACAUAUUAUAAUAUUUGUAUGCGUGUACAGAAUGCGAGAAGAUGAUCGAGCUCUCGAUGAACGCUGAGGCCAAAAUCGAGUCUCUGCACGUAAAAAAAAAAAAAAAAAUAGAAAAAGUUGUUAACUCUGAAAGUACGCGUGCGCGAUGGGUUUACAUUAAACCUUGUGUGAAUACGCAUAACUGUAACGUCAAAAGUUGAGACAUGACUGAUGCUCUACAGUUUGCUUUAUGUUUCAACACAAAGAGAAGUAAUGAAAGAAAAAAAAAUAUACAUGUUGAUGACA